AACCGUUGAACCCUCCCAAUGGCAGCUAAAGAUAGUCCAAAGCUCGGUUUGUAUUCAUACUGGCAGAGCUCAUGCUCAUGGCGUGUUCGCUUCGCUUUGAACCUCAAAGGGAUUUCAUACGAGUACAAAGCUGUGAACCUUUUAAAAGGGGAGCAGUUUACUCCAGAGUUUGAGAAGUUGAACCCUCUCCAUUUCGUUCCCGUUCUUGCUGAUGGUGAUGUGUUCAUAUCUGACUCAUAUGCUAUCUUGAUGUAUUUGGAAGAAAAAUAUCCUCGAAGACCUCUCUUACCAUCUCUCUUACCAUCUAAUCCCCAACAUAAAGCUCUGAAUCUUCAGGUUGCCAGCAUCGUCAGCUCUAGCAUACAACCUCUUCAUAUGCUGUCAACUUCGAAAUAUCUCGGGGAAAAGGUUGGUCCGCAAGAACAACUUUUGUUUGCUCAAACUAAUGUCGAAAAAGGUUUCCAUGCUCUUGAGAAGUUGCUGAAAAAUAUUGUUGGCAAAUAUGCCACUGGAGACGAAGUAUACAUGGCUGAUGUAUUUAUGGCACAUCAGAUUGCUAUGGCUACAGAACGGUUUAAGAUCGACAUGUCCAAGUUCCCUAGUUUAAGUAGGAUAUACGAGUCCUUGAAGGCGAUACCGGAAUUCUUGGAGUCGUCCCCUGAAGAACAACCUGACGCUGUCAAGUGACCGGAAACCAGAGCUGCUACUACUACUACUGAACUUGGGAGCAAAUAAUUUUGUAUUUAUCUUCUGGAGAUUUUAGUGUUUAUGCUGCUUGGUUGUUUUGUCUUUUUCAUAUGAAAAUAGCUAUAAUUUUAUUUAGUUUUUGUAUUAGAUUCUUUAUUAUUAUUGU